UCUUUUACCUGAGAAACGCUACGACUGAAUUUUCAUCCAGUGGGACUUGCUUCACGAAGUUCCCUGCCUCCGGAUUCUCCUGAGCCAGUGCCUGGGGUUGGCCAUUGUGGCUGGCUCACUUCUGGUAAAACCGCCCCAAGUGUUUAAAAUCCUGGGAGCCAAGAACGGGAAGGGUUGAGUCUCCCGUCGGUGAUGCUGGAGCUGGUAGCAAUGACCCGGACCUUGGUCUGCAGCAUCACCAACAACUUCCCCUUCAGCUCUUGGGGACAAGCCCUGUUCCUGAUGCUCCAGAGAGUCACCAUCACCCUCCUGGUCCUGCACUUGAGAGGACAGACUGUGAAAGGUGGGGCUUUCCUAGCGUGCUAUGCUCUGGUCCUCCUGAUGCUGCUUCUACCACUGACGCCCCUGGCUGUAGAGACCCCACUCCAGGCCUCCAACACGCCUGCUGUGGUGAUGGGAAGGCUGAUUCAAGCAGCCACCGAAGACCAGAACAGGCGUACAGGCCAGCACGGAGCCAUCGCAGUCUUUCUGCUCUUUGGGGGCUCCCUGGCCCGAGUCUUCACCUCCAUUCAUGAAACCGGAGACCCCCUCACGGCUGGAACCUUUGCAGUCUCUCCCCUCUGCAGCGGCCUCGUUGCUGCCCAGCUCCUCUUCUGCUGGAAUGCAAAGGCUCCCCCCAAGAAGAAGAAGGAGCAGUGGAGCUGAGCUGGUUCCUGGAGUACCUUCCGUGUUUCCCUUCACCACCCAACCCUGGGGGCCUUCCCAUCUGAACCGGUUGCUAGUGUGACUUUUAACGAUUCCCCCUUCUUCUGUAGUUGCUACUUGAGUGCAAAUGCCUGGUUGACUCAGAUCCUUAGAAAGGACAGGGCACAGAUUUUCAGGCUAUUUUGACAUUUAAUGUGUACAGUCCUGUGUAUACCCUAUUGAUGCAAUUAUUUGGCUGAGAUUCUUCCUUCAGCAGAAUUUCCAGCUCUUUACCUAUUCUGGGCAAAAGUCCUCCCAUCUUCCCUUCUGACUCUUGAGAUCAGAGCCUGAACCAUGCAAGGGGCUAGGCGCCUCCCCGAGCCUGGCUCAGACUGUCUCCUGGACCCCAGUGCUCAGUGGCGGGUACGGGAAGGGGGACAGAAAAAUGACUCAGGCAGGGCACAGGGUGGGGUGAGGAGGUUUCUGCUCUGACAGGUCCAAACAGAAGGGAGUGGAGACUGUGCUGGUUCCUAUUGCAGUAAAGGGGAACAGAGAUGGAACAGUAAAGACUCAGAGACAUGAUUUAAUCAUAAAAAAACAUCUUGAAACAUCUAUGCAUACAUGAAAGCAUAUCCAUCCCUCCAUCCCUCCCUCCAUCCCUCCAUCCAUCCAUCCAUCCCUCCAU